AAACGUGAAGCAACGUCGAGACGGGGCACGUUAAACGGCACAAAAGUGUAGUGUAGUUCUAGGCUUUAAGUUGUUUUUUCCCCUUAUUUUGGUUCUGUUUUUUUUUUUAUUUUAUUGCAAUCCUUUUAUUUGACACAAUUAACACAAGCACAGAAACACGCGAAAACUACUCGGCGAUUAUGUUUAUUGGCAAAGCGCACAACAACCAAAAGGCCAGCAAAUAGGUGAGAAGCGGUCAUUGAAAAUGCGCAAUGUUGCCCGACCAAACCCCAACCUAUGCAUACGCGCCAGGCACGUUCAAGUGACAGAGUGAGUGGAAGAGUGGGGUGACAUCAGUGGGCGUGACUGACCACCUGGCUCCGGCUGGAGAGCGAGUGCGAGUGUGUGAGUGUGUGUGUGCCUUUCAGCUGGACACGCGACAUCUACAAACAUAAUCGCGGGCAAGGAAUACGAAAAACAUUCAGGUUUGCGGCCAACACAAAUCCCACCAGACACGAAUCCAAAACCGUAGAAUUUAGCCACAAACAGCACACAGAUACAAAAACAAUUACAACUGAUCAUAUUUGCUAAGCGAUCGUAUUUACACUGUGAUCAUGACUUAUAUACCUAAAAAUAUGCAUCACUAUGCGCAUGCAGCCAUGAAUCUGAUCAACAUGGACUCGGAGAAUCGUGUCGUGCUCAAUGUGGGCGGCAUUAGGCAUGAGACAUACAAGGCCACAUUGAAGAAGAUACCAGCGACGCGUCUGUCCCGUCUGACCGAGGCGCUGGCCAACUAUGAUCCCAUACUUAACGAAUACUUCUUCGAUCGGCAUCCGGGCGUAUUCGCACAAGUGCUCAACUACUACAGAACUGGUAAGCUGCACUAUCCCACAGAUGUGUGCGGUCCGCUGUUUGAGGAAGAAUUGGAAUUUUGGGGUCUUGACUCGAAUCAGGUGGAGCCCUGUUGCUGGAUGACCUAUACACAGCAUCGUGACACACAAGAAACCCUAGCCGUACUGGAUCGCUUAGAUCUGGAUACGGAAAAACCGUCCGAAGAGGAAUUGGCGCGCAAAUUUGGCUUUGAGGAGGACUAUUACAAAGGCACCAUAUCCUGGUGGCAGGAAAUGAAGCCACGCAUCUGGUCGCUAUUCGAUGAGCCUUACAGUUCCAAUGCCGCCAAGACAAUUGGCGUCGUCUCGGUAUUCUUCAUAUGCAUUUCGAUAUUGUCCUUCUGCCUGAAAACCCAUCCGGACAUGCGCGUGCCCAUCGUGCACAAUGUGACCGUGAAAACGGCAAAUGGGAGCGCCGCAUGGUUUCUGGACAAGUCAAUGACCAAUGCGCACAUUGCCUUCUUCUAUAUAGAAUGCGUUUGCAAUGCAUGGUUUACGUUUGAGAUAUUGGUGCGCUUUAUCUCAUCGCCCAACAAGUGUGAAUUCUUAAAGUCAUCUGUUAACAUCAUAGAUUAUAUAGCGACGCUUAGCUUUUAUAUCGAUCUAGUGCUUCAGCGAUUCGCAUCGCAUCUGGAGAACGCUGACAUACUCGAGUUCUUCUCGAUCAUACGCAUAAUGCGGCUGUUCAAGCUGACACGCCACUCGUCCGGCCUGAAAAUCCUUAUACAAACGUUCCGGGCAUCGGCCAAGGAGCUGACACUGCUCGUAUUCUUCCUGGUGCUGGGCAUUGUGAUCUUUGCCAGCCUUGUCUAUUAUGCCGAGCGCAUACAGCCCAAUCCGCACAACGACUUCAAUAGCAUACCGCUGGGCCUGUGGUGGGCAUUGGUCACCAUGACCACUGUCGGCUAUGGUGACAUGGCGCCCAAGACCUACAUUGGCAUGUUUGUCGGCGCCCUAUGCGCCCUUGCCGGUGUGCUAACCAUUGCACUGCCAGUGCCCGUCAUAGUCAGCAACUUUGCCAUGUAUUAUUCGCAUACGCAGGCGCGAGCCAAACUGCCAAAGAAGCGAAGACGAGUGCUUCCCGUGGAACAGCCGCGACAGCCACACCGGCCAGGUGAGCGCGCUCCAGUCAGUGGCUGCGGCACACCAGGAUCUGGUCCACACUCGGGUCCCAUGGGCUCCGGCGGCACCGGACCGCGCCGCAUGAACAACAAAACCAAGGAUCUGGUUAGUCCCAAGUCAGUUGCUCAACUCUUCACAGGUCCCCUGGGCGCCAGCAUCGUUGCGAUGAGUCCACGCACCAUGUUAGAUCUGAAUCCGGCGCUGGCCAUGGGUAAGCCCACAUUUCAGCCGCGUUUCCCGACACAGCUAGCGGCCACGCCCCCAGCGACAGUGUCCCCAACAAUACCAGUGACAUUGGCAGCAAAUGCAACAGCAACAGCCACGGCAGCGGGUGCAGCGGCUGCAGCCGCAUCUGGUACAAUGCCAGCGGUGCCCAGCAUAGCGGUAUCCACCACCGCGAGUCUGGGUAAGGAUAGCACUGGCACUGGCACCACAACGACGACCAGCACCACUCUGGAGGCCACCAAGAAGGCAUUUCUUUAAAGGAUUUGGAAUUGGAACAAUGGAACAUGAUGAUAUUCUCAAAAAUCCCAUCAAGCAAUAUUUAGCCUAUAACCUAUCAUAACCUUCGCAUACGUAUGACUAUUUACGAGUAAAUAUCUCUAUAAAUCUAUUAUCACGCAAGCUAACAUAGACUCCCAUAUUCGGCCAUAUCAUGACAUACAUAUUACUGUAGCUAUAUAAGUAUUAUUACAAUUAAUAAUGCAUCGGCACUGCUUGGCGUUUUAAACAGAUAUUGAACAAGUUUUUAAUGACGACGUUUUUUAGUAUUUUAUUUAGCGUGGUUAUCGAUCCAUUUUAUAUAAAUACAUUAUUAGCCAGAAAUAGCCAGAAGUGUAUAUACUACAUAGCUAACGAUUUUAACAGCCGUAGGACUCAAGAACAAUAACAAAGAAAAUUAACAAUGUUUUUUAUUCGGUUUGCCAGUUCCUUAAGUAUUGUCCAAGGACAGUUGUGUUUCGAAAGCUUUAAUUUCAUCUAGAAUCUAGACACAACAUCAAAUCAGUUAUGCCAUUUUCCUUAAAGCUCAACAGUUCCCAAAGCUAAGUAUUCAUGUGCCCUAAGUAUUGUCUUUUUUGUAUGCCUCAGCUGAAAAAACCAACUCAAGUAGCUGGACUUUGGUUCGUGCUGUGCUAGCGUUUCUUUGCUUAGAAGCUUUGUUAUUGCCUAAUUAGAAAAUAUACGCAUGGCUCAGACAGAAGAUCUAUAAAUAUGAAAGUUUUUCACAAUGUUAUAGCAACUGCUUAAAAUUCAUUGAAGCAUUCAACGCUGCCAAUCGCUUGUUUAAGGCACGUGUUAACUUUUUCAGCUAAUAAGUGCUUACAUCCAACGGGCUUUCCUUGACUUUGGCGUUGAUGCUACCAACCGAAAAACAUUGUGCAAACUUUAGAAAACUUUAGAAAAACAAAUGAAAUUUUCCGGCUGCCCGUGCUCUCAUCAUGAGCACCAGACAAAUUAGCAGAGGGGCCCAUGAAAGAAACGCUUCAACUUUAAUUACAUUUUUUUCUGUUUUAAACCUGGAACAGACGGCAGAAGCCUCGUGUAGAAGUUGGAGAAGAAGUGUAAAUUGGCAUGGAAAAUCUCUCUGGCAGGACUUUGCUUUAACGAGCGUAAAACGAUUUAAAUUGCAUAUAUUCAAAUGUUUUUCAUCUUCACAGUUGUUGUAGGCAAACGUAGUUCACAGCUUGUUUUCCUUUUAAAUACUUUCUUUUUCUUAGGUAAUAAGGACAGUGGUAGGGGGUCAGAGUUCACAGCAGAGUGCAUAUACAUGAAACAUAUUAAUGUGUUUCUCUUGGAUAUCAUUAGGUAAACCCUCUUGUACAUUUUAAAUAUCUCUCAGCAAGCAUUAUACAUACUUACAUACGAACAUAGUUAUUGUAUCUAUACAUAAUAAUAACGAUAAUUUCUAAGAAGAUUCUAACGCUUUGCAAUAAAUACCAAAAUAAUUCGUUAAAGAAGGAAAACGAUAAAAUGAAUAAAGUUUGCAAAACAUUUGUUAAGUUUUUACAAUGGAAAAGCAUUUACGAGAAACUUAUAAAAAAAAAUAAAUAGUACCCAAGCGUGCAUAUAUAAAUAUAUAUAUGAAAUAUGCGAAUGCGUUUAAACAUUGUUUUGUUUUUAUUUCUGAUUGUUAUGAAUAUUGUUUUCCUUUUCAAACAAUUUAAAAACUGAUUUGUAAUUGUAUAGUUAAGCGAAUUGUAUACUAUUUGAACUAAUGGCAAAACUGUUCUUUCAAUAACGCAUGAAGAAGAAUUAAUUUAAUUAUAUAUAAUAAAUAUACGAAACUCAAAACUGAAAUGCAAUAAACAAAUCUAUUGA